AUGCGACAGGCUGGUGCGCCGAGUAGCUCGGCGCCAGUAUGGACCGAGUUGAAGACCAAAGCAGGCAAAGAACGGAAACGACUACCGCUCGCAUGUAUUGCAUGUCGACGCAAGAAGAUCAAGUGCUCGGGCGAGGAGCCGGCAUGCAAGCACUGCCAGCGCUCACGCAUACCAUGCGUUUACAAGAUUACUGCAAGAAAGGCGGGACCGAGGACCGAUUACAUGGCCAUGCUUGAUAAGCGACUGAAACGUAUGGAAGAGCGAGUCAUCCGGAUCAUACCCAAGACUGAGCAAGGAAUCGUUGCUGAGACGGGUCGCGCGGUUUUGAAGCCAUCAUUGCAGAAGUUUCCUGCGAACAAGAGCGGCAAGAAGCGGCAAGCUCAUGUUGCGUUUAGCGGAGAUGAGUCUGAUGGCGAGGCAGAAGGUGCUACAAGUGGUCCCGGGGAAAAGACCAGCAAGCCAUCAGUAGAUGCAUUCGGCUCAUCGGACUCGAACGAACCCGAAGAGUCAAAUCUCCUCACCGAAGGCGCUGAUAAACUUCCCAAUAAGGAAAUACAAGAGCACCUUAGCGAAACCUUCUUUGACUUCGUAUAUGGACAGAGCUAUCAUCUUCUGCACAAACCUAGUUUCAUGCGGAUGCUGGAGCGAGGAAGUGUACCACCAGUCCUGAUGCUAGCAGUCUGUGCGAUAUCUGCACGAUUCUCAGACCACCCGGCAUUACGUGAAAGCAACGAGCCAGCCUUUUUACGCGGCGAGCAGUGGGCGAAGCCCGCUCGGGACAUUUCGUUCCGCCAUUACGAUCGUCCAAGCAUGACUAUAUUGACGGUAUAUCUCAUUCUCGGUCUGCAUGAAUUUGGCACCUGUCACGGCGGCCGUUCAUGGAUGUUUGGCGGAAUGGCUCAGCGUAUGGCCUACGCGAUGCAAUUGCAUACCGACUCCCAACAUGACCCGCAUACUGCCCCAGGGCCGGGUGAUCAGACUCUCAGCAUUACAGAUCGUGAGAUUCGUCGCCGGACUAUGUGGUCAUGCUUUCUUAUGGAUCGAUUCAACUCCAGUGGAUCAGAGCGACCCAUCUUUGUCGGUCAGAAUUACAUCCGGACGCCUUUACCCAUUAAGGAAAGUAUGUACUUCAUGGAGCUUGCUGGUCCGACGGAGGAUCUCGAAGGAAACCCAAUUAUUGAUCCGAAGGUUGAUCCUGCCGACAUCAUAGGCAAUGCCCGCGACAACAUGGGUGUCGCAGCCUAUCUCGUCAGACUUGUCGCUAUCUGGGGCAACUUGAUCGAAUAUAACAAUCUUGGCGGCAAGCAGCGAGAUCGAUAUCCCAUGUGGUCGUCAGCAUCUCAAUUUCAUGCCCUCAAGACGAAAGUCGCUGCAUGGAUCGCGUCGCUUCCACAGCCACUACAAUAUUCCUCCGAUAAUCUAUUCACGCAUCGAAGCGAGAGAACAGCCAAUCAAUUCCUAUUCUUGCAUAUUAUUUACAACCAGAUACUGCUCUUCAUGAAUCAUUUCGCACUUGUUCCUCCGACAACUUCUUCCCCUGCAGGAUCUUUGCCCUCCACGAGCCGCGACAAAGAUGUCAUGCCGCCUCAGUUCCGCGCCGAGGCCGCGCGCAUCGCACUCUCCGCUGCUACACAAAUAUCUCGACUCACGCACGAGGCCAUGGCUCACAAUGUCGUUGCCCCAUUUUCCGGAUAUGCAGCUUUCUUCAGCAGUACGGUGCAUAUCCCUCUUGCGCUCGCAAAGGUCCCCGAAGCUGCGCUCAGCAAGCAAUGUCUCAUGUAUAACCUCCGCUUUCUUGCUCGUAUGAGAAAGUAUUGGGGCAUGUUCGCAUAUGUCUCUGAACAGAUUCGCGAAUUAUAUCGCAAGUGCGCUGCGUCUUCUACUGCGGAUGGUGAAGGAGGCAAUACGGCCGUGUUUCAAUAUGGAGACUGGUAUAACUUGUAUCCGAACGGAGUCGUAAGCGAUGUUACGCGCGGUGAUAAAGCCAACUCAAAUUCUCCAGCGAACCGCUCAGGGAACGACCUUCGUUCUCCCGCCGCAAAGCCUCGGUCAGAUCCUGUUAUCAGCCUCGGUCAGAAGAGUGAUUUGCAAACGGUGGAGGAGUUCUUUGCAGCC